AUGUCCAGGCAUCCUUCCCCAGGCCCCUCCCUGGCUCAUUCCCAGAAUUUCCACCAGCCAACUCCUCAUUCGUCUCGACAAAAGCCACGCCCCCCAAUUGGAAUCGCAGCUGGAGCCGAAGAUGUAAAGUACCAGGCAAAAUACAAGGAACUCAAACGCAAAGUAAAGGAUAUCGAGGCGGACAAUGACAACCUCCACUGGAAGGUUCUCCAGGCCAAGCGCAACAUUCAGCGAAUGAAGCUGGAACGGUCUAUCUUGUAUGAAAGAUUGGCCGCUUUGCCAGUUUCUCCGGCUGAUGAUCGAAAUGUGCCUUCGUUGCAUGCUGCUCAUGGUCUGUCUCUCCCGCCACCCCCACGCAGUUCGCACCCGGGUCGCCCCCUUCGUGACGUUCGAGAAUAUCCUCAUGGAGGUGACGAGCAUCCGCUAGGCGAUUAUUCUCGCCCAGGGGCCGGACAAAGGGUAACAUCAGGAUCAGACUACCAUCUGCCGAUGAUAGACACAUCCAUUGCACCUGGAGUCGCGCCACCCUCUCGCUCAAUCUCGUCUUCUCACCAUGCAUCUAGGCGAGGGUCAGCAGGUUCUAUCCAACCCCUUCCUCCUCUACCCCCUCCGACCCACCUACCCCCUGUGCAGCACCUGGAUGUACCACGCGCUCACAGUCACUCGUCCCACUCUUCUCAUUCGCUAUCAAGUCCACAUCUGCACCACCCAAGUGGAUCACACGAACGAGCGUCGCAUCCUCACUCGUCGCACUCGCGAGACCAGCUUCAAACCCUUACUCGAUCGUUCAGCCAAGGGCACAGUCUUCACCAUUAUCCGGAAGGCCUUCCAUCCGUUCAACAUGUACUUCAUAGUCCUCCCUUACCGGAGACGGAGCGAGUACGGCGCCACGACGUUCACGAACUGACCGGCUCACCUCGUGAUCCCCAUGGCCAUACGAGGCACCAGGCUCCCUUGAUCCCAGCCUCACCUCAUCACUCAACUGAUUCGAGGUCGGGCAGACCAAUGCAUGCUCAUCAACGAAUGGGACCCGGGACAUAUAUCAAUAGAUCUGACGACUACCCUGACCGUGACUUGGACCGGGAUCGCGAUUGGGAACGCGAGCGCGAGCGCGGCAGGGAACACCACCAAAGAGCCAAUGAAUUGAGCUCCGCUCAUAUGCAUUCACCACCACAACAAAGAGCACGUCAUCACACUGAUUAUCCUGACCACCAUCCGACUUCCCGCAUCCGCGAUGAUACAGGAUAUUAUCAAGAUAUGUCAGGGCCUGGGGUAUACCCUCCCGUUUCGCGCUCUGGGACUCCGGUCUCUGUGGGCGAUGACAGGCCCUCCAGGCCCGAUUCACGAGCGGGGCAGCACUACUAUGAACAGGAGCGGUCCCGAUCGUACAAGCUCCGCCCUGUCAAUCCACCUAAUGCAAAUGAAGAACUUGACUUCGUUCACGAAGAUGGCAGAGGACAACGUGAUCGAGGAGGAAUCAGUGGCGGUGGCGCUUUCGCACCAGCUCCGGAAUCGAGAAAAAGAAGUAGGAACGAUGCCGAUGGGGAGAAUGACAUCGUCGAAGGUUCUGCAGGCUCAGGUGGUUUGCAGUAUUCCGGAGGGCGGUUGCCGGAGGAUAGGGGGUCGAAGAGGUACCACCGAGAUAGCCACCUUGGUCGGGCCUCUGAUAGACAGGACGAGGAGUCGUAA